AACACGGAAAAGCACUCAGCACAUCCAGAAAUGCACCCUGAGGUGAAUUACAGAAAGUGACUCCCAGAGCAUCUUGGCUGUAUGAACUCUUGAGCUGUGAAGGGACUGAGAGGCUUAUGAAGAGGUUCUAUCAGGCAAAACAGUGCUUAGCAAAGACACCAAGGAGGAGGGAAAAGGAGAAAGGGAGGGAGAGAGAGCUGAAACACUAACAAACCAUGAGAUCUAUCCGAUCUUUUGCUAAUGAUGACCGCCACGUAAUGGUGAAACAUUCAACCAUUUAUCCAUCUCCAGAGGAACUUGAAGCUGUCCAGAACAUGGUAUCAACAGUAGAAUGUGCCCUUAAACAUGUCUCUGACUGGAUGGAUGAAAAGAACAAGUCUACAAAAUGUGAGGGUGAUGUGGAAGCAAAGGAGGAAGCUGCAGAAAGCAAUGCCAAGGAUCAAGGUGGUCGGACGUUGUGCGGUGUUAUGAGAAUUGGCUUGGUUGCAAAGGGCUUGCUGAUAAAAGAUGAUAUGGAUCUGGAGCUGGUUCUCAUGUGCAAAGAAAAACCCACAAAGACCUUGUUAUGUAUAGUUAAAGACAAUCUCCCAGCUCAAAUUCAGAAACUUACAGAAGAGAAGUAUCUCGUGGAGGAGCAUGUAAAUGAGGCAGCUAUUAUUAUUCGUAACACAAAGGAGCCCAAGCUAACUUUGAAGGUGAUACUUACAUCCCCUCUCAUUCGAGAUGAAGCAGAGAAGAAGGAAGGAGUAGAUAAUGUUGCGAUGAAAGAUCCUCCGGACUUAUUGGACAGGCAGAAAUGCCUGGAGGCCUUGGCGUCUCUGCGGCACGCCAAAUGGUUUCAGGCCAGGGCAAAUGGACUAAAAUCAUGUGUAAUUGUCCUUCGUAUUCUGCGGGAUUUGUGCAACAGAGUCCCCACAUGGGCACCACUGAAAGGAUGGCCACUCGAGCUUAUAUGUGAAAAAUCUAUAGGUACUUGUAAUAGACCUUUGGGCGCUGGGGAAGCGUUGCGACGAGUGAUGGAGUGUUUGGCAUCUGGAAUUCUGCUUCCCGGAGGCCCUGGUCUGCAUGACCCCUGUGAGCGGGAGCCAACAGAUGCUUUGUCUUAUAUGACAGUUCAGCAAAAAGAAGCCAUUACACACAGUGCUCAGCAUGCCCUCAGAUUAUCAGCCUUUGGUCAGAUCUAUAAGGUUUUGGAAAUGGAUCCCCUCCCAUCAAAUAAGUCAUUUCAGAAAUAUUCCUGGUCAGUAACUGACAGAGAAGCAUAUCCAUAUUACAAGGAAAUUUAUACCCUAGGUACAGGCUCAUCUGCUCUUAAGAGACCAUUUGAAGAUAGUGUCGGAGAUGAUAAAGAUCCAAAUAAAAAGAUGAAGCGUAACCUGAGGAAAAUACUAGAUAGUAAAGCAAUAGAUCUCAUGAAUGCUCUGAUGAGGCUGAACCAAAUCAGGCCAGGGCUUCAGUAUAAGCUGCUGUCACAGUCUGGUCCAGUCCAUGCCCCAGUCUUCACAAUGUCUGUAGAUGUUGACGGUACGACAUAUGAAGCAUCAGGACCUUCUAAGAAAACAGCCAAGCUCCAUGUGGCAGUGAAGGUUUUACAAGCGAUGGGGUAUCCAACUGGUUUUGAUGCAGAUGUGGAGUGUAUGAGUUCUGAUGAAAAAUCAGAUACUGAAGGUAAAAAUGAAACAAUGUCUUCAAUCUCAAGCAAUAAUACUGGAAAUUCCACAGCUGACACCUCCGCUACCCUAGAGGUAAGAACUCAGGGUCCUAUACUCACAGCAAGUGGCAAAAACCCAGUGAUGGAGCUCAAUGAAAAAAGAAGAGGUCUGAAGUAUGAGCUCAUCUCUGAGACAGGAGGAAGCCAUGACAAGCGCUUUGUGAUGGAGGUAGAAGUAGAUGGGCAGAAGUUCAGAGGUGCAGGCCCAAAUAAGAAAGUAGCAAAAGCAAGUGCUGCAUUAGCAGCACUUGAAAAACUGUUUUCUGGGCCUAAUGCAGCAAACAACAAGAAAAAGAAGAUUCUUCCUCAGACUAAAGGGGUUGUCAAUACAGCUGUUUCUGCAGCAGUCCAGGCUGUUCGAGGCAGAGGACGAGGUGCUUUAACACGAGGGGCAUUUGUUGGGGCAGCUGCUGCUACUGGAUACAUAACACCAGGCUAUGGAGCACCGUAUGGGUACAGUACAGCUGCGCCAGCUUACGGUUUACCCAAGAGAAUGGUUCUGUUACCAGUUAUGAAAUUCCCAACUUAUCCUGUUCCCCACUACUCAUUCUUUUAGCAAAUGGCAGAAGCUAAUUCCUAUUGAUUGAACAACACAGUACAGUACAGAAUGUUAGAAGAAAAAAAGCCUUUUUAUCCUGUUUUCUUUGAACACAUACUUGAGCAAAGUCAUUUGUAAAGAAACAUCUUUUUCCUACUUUUUGAUUUUAACAAAAUGCAAAUUUAGUUCUCUAAAACUUGAAAAAAAUGUUCUGUGAAAUGUUACCUCAUUUUCAAAUAACUUAUACCAGCCUUCUGUUAUAGGGAAGAACUAGAAGCUUAAAUCUUACGUUUUAAAUGAAGUAUCCGAUUAUGUAAAAUUAAAUUUGUGAAGGAUGUAUAGAAUAUAAAACACUGAUCACAAAUAAACUGUUUUGUUGUAACACAAGAGUACUGCCUGUUUCCUAAUGCAGUCGCACAGAUUCAGUUAAUGACCUGUACCACUUGUAGGGUUAUUAAAUGCAGGGCAUAGUUCUUUAAAAAAUAAAAAUUAAAAAAUUUUAAAAAACCCAAACCCACACAACAGAAACUUUACAGUUAACAUUUAACUUUGUAAAUAUUAUGGUGUGUAAUAAACUUAGUAAAAUAUGGGUUAAAAUACUGUUUUAUCUUAUUUUUUUAUAGUUAAGCAUCAGUACCUGAGUUUCCUUAUAACCUUUAAGAUCAGCAUACUGCAACUGUGAUUUUAGACACAGUCGUAAUUAUCCAAGAAG